GUUGUAUUUGAAUUCUUCCUUCAUCUUUUCACCACAGGAACAUCGCUGCGGACCUAUUUCACACGGACGACCCCCCCUCCUCCGCUGCCAUGCCUCCUCAACGCUUCGUCCGCCGUCGACCCCUGGCCGAGAGGCUAUCGAGCCUGGUCAACCCCUUUGACCUCUUCCUUGCACUCUCCAUCUGGCUGGAAUCCCAUGACUGGGACAAUUUGCAGAAUACCGUCAAGAACCCCCUAGGCUUGGCUUUGAACCUACUUUGUUUGAUAUCGCGCGCAAACUCCAAUGGUGGCCACAGGCGCAGCGGUGCCGAGGAUGUCCUGCGGCGGCCUGCUGGUGGGUACUCGGGCGGUAUUAGCAGCGGUGGCGGUGCUGGAUUAUCUUAUUUUUUUUGGAUCCUAUCGUGGGUCCUAGCCGCUGGGAGUGUUUUCAAUGCUAUUUACUGUUUCUCACGGAAGAAGCGGUAUAGACUGUUUGAAAGUAAUAUUGAGGUCGAGCCUACGACGCCUAGUGCCCGUAGGGUGCCUGUGGAUUCCUCACCUACCACUACCUCCCCUCUGCGCUUGUUUGGUAAUAUCAUGGAGUCCUUCACGGGCACUCCAGAAUCAAGGUCGCAUCCGGAUGAAACUCGUGACGUAUGGGAGGUUUCUGUGUGGGACCCAACGCCACUCUCCCUCAGGCUGUUUGCCAUCUUCUCCCCGGUGCACGUCCUCAUCUAUUUCCUCGUGCUGCCGAUAACCUCAAACGCCACCUUGUCCAGCUCAGGCUUUGUCAAAUUCCCCACACCGCCGACGACGAAUACCGUUGGGACCAUACUUAUGAUGCUUGCCACGCAGUUUAUACUUUCGGUGCAAUUGAUACAUACCCAAAUGUCGUUUGCUCAACAGGCCAAGGAUACCACUCUGAUUCACAAGGAGGUUUUGCACGAGUACGAUCAAAAGUUUGUUCACCCGCGCCUCAACGUUCUCAAGCGAGACGUAGCAGUGCAGACGGCAAACAGGGAGUCUGGCGAGGCUGCCAGCGUGAGCUUUUUCACACCGAAUCUGAAUAGGCAAGGGUUCAGGACCGCCCCAAAUCCUAAUUAUGCAGAUCUUACAAUGCGGGACAAGGUUGGCUCCAUGAGACACACCCCAUCUACAUCCGCUAGAUCACCAUUUUCCCCAAUGCCAUUGAAGGGCUCCAUGAGACAGCCCCAGUUUGGCCCCGUGAGGAGGCCCGCGUCUACAUCUAUGAUCGACAGUGGAAGCUUUGGUACAGAUGUUGAUGAAGAUUACGGCGGCAGCAGUGACAGUGCCGCAAUGGCAUCCACAACCACGGGCCGGGCCGAAGGCCGUUACGGACCCGGAACUCCUAGAAUGCCUAAAUCUUCGAACGUUGGGAUGCAGGGCCUUGUUAAUAUGAGCAUGGAGAAUAGCAGGAAUCUUAGCCCAAGCAAGUUGAAUAGCCCUUUACGGAGAGGAUAUGCCGCGAGAGGGAGCAGCUACGCUGGUAGUCUGGGUACGUCGCUGGGAAGCUCUGUUCGAAGGAGCGCUAACAAUGACUAUUGAUCUGGUGUAUCAUACGGGUAAAGCGAGGGGGAAAAAAAGAAAAAAAAGGAUAAGAAGAAACGGCUUUUAACGACGGAUGUGAGCUGAAUGGGAGUUUCGGCAACGGGGAACCGGGCGUGGUCGCGGUACACUUGGAAGGGGGGAAGGCGGGCAGAGGUUCACCAGAGUCAGUUUAAGAGUUUGUUCUGGGGGGGGGGUGGAAAGGUAGCGAGCAUAAUUUGGUCAGAGGUCUAUAUGAUUUACUCUACCGCAGGGGAGGGCAAGGCAGGAAAAAGUAAAUCAGAAGAGAAGGAUGAGCGAACGAGGGGUUUGGAAAAGAAGAGCUCGCCGCUCGGUUCUCCUGGGGAUUCCCGAUCCGGAGUGUGCCCGGGAGAUAUAGCGCACCUGGUCUGCCCAUAGCGAGUCCGGUUAUGGAGAUGCGGGAACCGGGUUUGUGUACCCGCACUUGCUGGGCCAGGGGGGUGGAAGAGUCGGCCUUGUCUCGUCUCCUCUUGCAUUGUAUUUUUCAUGGGAUAGCUUCUGUACCUUUACCCAUUUCCAGUACCGUAUUUGCUUUUCGCUAGGUUCUAACGCUUUCCGCUCCUCUGUUUCUUAUGCUUGUCCUGGCGUUCUUCGGUGUGGUUUGGGAUUUGACGGUUUCCUUCAUUAAUUAUUUUCUCCGUUCCUGGCUUUCUCCGGAGAUGGGGAGCAGGGUGUACGUGGAAGGGGAGAAGGCCGUAUGAUACAUUACAAAGAAAAUA